AUGGACCGUGUGAAGCAGAAACGCGGUGUUCUACGCGCGGCGAUCACGAAGCUCAUCAACGAAAUUGACCUACUGCUGCAGACAACGGCCCCAGCCGCCGACGUGCUGUCCACAAAGCUGGACAUCUUGAAGUCCAAGGAAGAAAUGUUGCAGACUCUAGACCAGAACAUAGAGGAGUCCGUGCCGGAGGAGGCCUUCGAACAGGAAGUCCAAGGCGUUCUCUCUUAUGAGGAGAAGAUAUGCACUGCGAAGUCCCAGAUCACUCAGAAACUGAGAACGUACAACAGACAGCUACCGCGGACAGACUCGUCUCCCUCCAGAGUUCCACACGUACAGCCGAUGCAGAACGCUGCCGCCUGUAGGGUGAGACUGCCGAAGAUCGAAAUUUCGAAGUUCAGCGGAGACUUAGCCGAGUGGACGACGUUCUGGGACCAGUUUCAGUCCAGCAUCCACACAAACGAAUCUCUGCACAAAGUCGACAAAUUCAGGUACCUGCAGAGCUAUCUUACGGGCAAGGCUGCAGCAGCUAUCAGUGGACUCUCACUUACGAAUGAAAACUACGACACUGCAAUAGAUCUCUUGAAGCAACGCUUCAAUCAACGACACCUGAUCGUCGAGGAGCAUCUAAACCGCUUACUGCAUCUUCCACCUGUGGUUGACGCAGGGAAGUUCGUACGGCUACGUGAGCUAUACGACGAGGUCCAAGUGAGGGUACGAAGUCUACAAGCUCUGGAUGUCGGCACAAAAGAGUAUGGGAUCAUGCUGAUGAGCGUCUUACGCAAGGCUGUGCCAAGAGAGGUCACCCUGGAGUACAAUCGCAAGCACAAAGGAGCUCCUAGCGAAGGUAGGACCGAAGUAGAGGACUUUAUGGACUUCCUGAAAGUCGAAGUGGAAAGCAGAGAGAAGGACACGUUGCUCCCAGACAUGCAGAGGAAUCGCGCUAUGAAUCUUGACGAACCGCACUCCAGAACUGCACCAAGAGAUGGUAGGCGGCUGUUCGAACGACAAACGACAGGUGCACUCACCACAGGAGUGACGCCACAGCAGCUAGAAUGUCUGCUGUGCAAGGCUGCAGACCACGGCAUAGAAAACUGCCGCAGCAAUCUUUCGGUGGGUGACAAGAAAGCCCUACUUAGUCGGGAGGGCCGUUGCUUCAAAUGCGGCAAAAAAUAUCACAGGUCACGUGAUUGUCGAACUGCUCCACACUUAAGAUGCGCAACCUGUGGCGGACAUCAUUUCACGAUACUGUGUGAUCGUCCAGGAAAUUAUAGAGCAGCGGAAGACCCCAACCCUGCACGCCUCGGGGUCAUGGCUUCGUCUGCGCUGUCGACAUCCGACGCAGCUGCGGCCACUGGACCUGUUCUUCUCCAAACUGCUCGCAUUUGGGCGGAAACAGAUAGGAAGAGACAAUUUGUACGAGCCAUGCUGGAUGGAGGCAGUCAACGGACGUUCAUAAAGGAAUCACUGUCUCACGAACUUCAAUGCGAACCCGUCGGGGAAGAAGCUCUGUCCAUAUUCUCUUUCGGUUGUACUCCGCUCAAAAAGACGUGUCGUCGUGUGAAGGUCUGGCUUCGCAGCCAGUACAGGCGCCAGGACACAUGCGUCGAAGCGUUGGAAACGCCCGAGAUCUCCGCGAACCUUAUGCCUUCUCCUGACGCCAACGUCACGAGGGUACUGAACGAGAAAGGUAUGGAAGUAGCCGACGCCGCGGUACUUGGCACAACCUGUAAACCCGAAGUCCAGAUACUGAUUGGUUCGGACUAUUACUGGGCGGUCGUGACGGGCGAAUCCCAACGUAUUUCGGAGAAGCUCUUUGCCGUCAACACUAUAUUCGGUUGGACAGUUCAAGGGCCUAAUACGUCAUCGUCUUCCUGCUUCAACACCGGUGUAGGGGUGUUACGGGUUACGGUGGAAAGCACCGAAAACGAAACAUCUGUAGAACUUCAGCGAUUUUGGGAUCUUGAACACAUUGGAAUCAAGCCAAACGAGGUCGAACACGAUAGCCUUUGGAAGAACGAAGUACUGGCCCAGUUUCGUAGCAGUAUUGAGAAGAAAGACAGGAGGUACGAAGUGUCACUGCCGUGGACGGACAAAAAAGAGGAACUUCUUCCAAAUCUUCAAGCAGCACGAACAAGGCUGCAAUCAUUAACGAGACGUCUCAUGAAGGAUCGUGUACUCAUGGAAGAGUACGAUGCAGCCAUUCGUCUCUAUGAACAAAACGGUCAUGCCGAAAAGGUGCCGACUGGGGAGUCGGAUAACGUAAUCUACUAUAUGCCACAUAGAGCGAUCAUCAAAAGAGAAAGAGAAACCACCAAAAUAAGAAUUGUGUUCGACGCCUCGUCCAGCUCUUCAAACGACCCAUCACUGAACGACGUCCUUCACGCUGGUCCGAACCUCAACCCUGACAUGCUUCACGUGAUGAUUAAGUUCCGCGCCAACACAAUUGCUUUAACUGCCGACGUUGAGAAGGCGUUUUUGCAGAUUGCACUAGCCGAGAGCGACCGAGAUGCGCUAAGGUAUCUCUGGUAUGCUACAACACCAAAGAUGGGCCAACCAUUGCCAGAAAUUGAGGCCCUAAGGAUGACACGGGUACCGUUCGGAGCUACUUCUAGCCCGUUCCUUCUAGCAGCGACUUUGCGACACCACUUUCGUGAGAUGUCCGACAUCUUCCCAUCCACGUGCAAAAUUCUUGGUGAAAGUUUCUACGUCGAUGACUUGGUGACCAGCGUAAACACACUUCAAGAGGCGAGACAGCUUUGCGAGGAAUCCGUGGCGAUCGUUGAACACUGUGGCAUGAAACUUCGAAAGUGGGCAACCAAUGACCAUCAAUUGAGGGAGGCACUUCGACAACAGGGCGACGACUGUCUAUCACAGCAGCUCGAGAGCAAAGUUUUAGGCGUCAUCUGGGACACCAGGACAGACCACCUACGUGUCGCGUUACGUUCCGUCAUGGACUUCUUAAUCACGGCUGAUGACACAAAGCGCAGCUUACUCCAAGCGACUGCAAGGGUGUUCGAUCCUCUCGGAUUUCUUGCGCCCUUCGUUAUCCGAGCAAAGAUAAUGUUCCAACGUGUUUGGCAGAGAGAACUGAACUGGGACGAUGGCCUCCCGACUGACGUACUUGAGGACUGGCAGAGGUGGCGAAAAGAACUCCACCAGGCCAAAGAAAUUGCCAUUCCGAGAGCCUUGAAAGGAACAGAAGAAAUUCACCACCAAACACUCCACGUGUUCUGCGACGCUAGCUUGCUAGCAUACGGUGCCGUCGUAUACCUCAGGACAGAAUACAAAAACGGCGCAUGUACGGUUUACCUCAUCCUAGCUAAGGCUCGGGUAGCUCCUUUGAAGCGCAUCUCGCUUCCCCGCCUAGAGCUACUUGGAACCUUACUAGGAGCUCGACUCUGCGACUACGUAGCGGCGUGUUUUCCCGACAGACAUGGAGCCAUACUAUGGUCGGAUUCGAUGAUCGCCCUCAGCUGGAUACGUGGUGACGCUCAGCGUUACAAACCCUUUGUGGCUAAUAGGAUAUCCGAGAUACAGAGUUCAAGAAGCAUAUCUGGCUGGCGACACUGUCCAGGGGAACAGAACCCAGCAGACCUCCUGACCCGCGGCAGAUAG